AUCCCUUACACGCUGCUGUUCAAUACCUAAAUUCUAAUUACAAACAAAUAAAUUCUAAAAGAAUGAUGUUCUGCACUAAAUGCAAAUACAAUCGCCCUGAUGAUCAAUUUACUUGGGAUGGUAUACGUCACAAGACAUGUAGGAGGUGUAAGGAGAACCGGGAUCGAAGGAAUAAAGAGCACAUGUCACCAGCUAGAAUCGCAGAGGAUAUGCCAGAAGAAUCGCAAGAACAUGUCAGCGAUAUCAUGCGAAUCGAAAUUAACUAUCUUGAUGUGGGGGACUUCGUCGAACAUGAGAUCCGAGAUCUAACAGCCGGCGCAAAUAUUGAUGGAAUAGCUGACGUAGCUUAUAAGACUCACUUACUGGUACAAUUAGACAUUGCUAUCACUCAAAACAAGACAGCAAAGGAGAUGGCUGAUCUUGUAAUUGCAGAAGUUGAAGGUG